GCUGCGUUCUGCUUCAAGGGUUGCUGCUUCAGGUGCUUUUGCCGCCCGUAGCCGUACGAAGCAGGACGAUGGGUACGGUGCUCAGUGGUACUGAUCUGUGCGACCUAGCAGUGUAGCUUGAUCUUUUCUCUCGGGAUUCCGUCCAGCUUCCUGCGUGUUGACACUGUUCUAUAUCUAUCUUGAGGAGCCCAGGCUUAUCGACGAUACUGGUGACCUUUUGCAGCCUGCAGUCAACCUUUCGGACUUACUCGCCAGGGGUGUUCCCUUUUACCAAUCUUUCUUUACUACUUUCCUUACUGCAUUCUCUGUUGGCCCGUUACCCGUUCAAGAUCGUCUUCCGGUUCGCCGCUUCGAUCCGUCACGUUUUGUUGAUCGGCUGUCUCAGGCCCUUCCGUGGAAAAAGUGCUGUUCUUCGCGUUCGAAGAGCGAGAUACCAUUCAUUGAUGGAAGGGCCUGGAUGGCCGACUGAAAACGUUCUAAUUGUGGCUAUUUUACGUCUCACCAUCUCGGUCCUCAUGGUUACUCCUCCGAUCAUCGUUCAGCCUGUGAAGACUACAUCCAGUGACCGGGAUGGCUUGACCGAAGGAGAUUGCAAGAACGAAACAACCUGUUUUCAAGCACAACAAAUUUCAUCCGAGACCAGCCACUGUUGCCCGACAAUCUCUCCCGGCCUCUCGGACUGUUCUGCCCUACAGUUCCCCUUCUAUAUCGAUUGCGUGCUUUUUGUCAUCCGUGAUUUUAUUUCUUAUUGUUCUCAGACUGUCAUAAUGUUGUUAUUGACGCAUCAGUGGGGACGUUGAAGUUCAGGGGAAGGGUAUGUGGAAGGUGAAGAAGAUGGCUGUUUCUUUGGUGGUCUCCGCGCUUUCGUGCUAUGUUUUUCGGUCAUGCAGUGUGGGUCUUAGACUUGACGGCGGACUAGAGUCAGCAUACAGAGCUUCGGGCAGCCAGGGAAGGAGCACGUCUCGGCAUAUGGGUAUUCGGCGACGGAAAAUGGUUAGGGUCGCUUCCGGGGUGGUUUCUGCGUCGAUUCACGUUGUUUCACUGAUGAUGUUUCAUGUUACUCUGCGUUCUAUCUAAACCUCACUCAAUCACAUAUCACCAGGGACAGUCAGAGGAGGGCUGCUGCACGUUGCUGAUGGACUUGGCAAUGUUCGGGCAUCAGCAUGCUCGGGUCACGUCGGUAGCUCCAGCCUCGCCUCUAAUCCUCGAAUCCCACAGAUUGUUAUUCUUGAGCAAUUGGUAUCCCUUUUU